CCCUGGAGCCAAAUUCUGGAAACCACCAGCUUCGGCAAUGUCUGCCACCAGCCUCUGCUUCCUACUUACCCUGAUGCCAAAUUAUUGACACCCACAACGCCGCAGUCUGAGGACUGCCUCUUCCUCAAUGUCUGGGUGCCCCAUCCCCGGCCCCCUGCACCAGCCCCCAUCCUCAUCUGGAUCCAUGGCGGGGGGUUCUUCACCGGGGCAGCCUCCCUUGAGAUCUAUGAUGGGCGCUUUUUAGCUGCAACCGGGAACAUGAUCGUGGCCUCCAUGAACUACCGGCUGGGGGCCCUGGGUUUCCUGUCUCUGCCCCCGGCCGCCCCGGGGAAUGCCGGCCUGUGGGACCAGCGUCUGGCGCUGCGCUGGCUGCGGGACAAUGCAGCCGCCUUUGGUGGGGAUCCAGCCCACGUGAUGCUUUCCGGCCAUGACUCUGGGGCUGCGUCAGUCGGCUUCCACCUCCUCUCCCCGGGGAGCCGGCCCCUCUUCACCCGUGCCAUGCUGCAGAGCGGAUCCCCGACAGGACCCUUGAGUUCAAUUUCGCUUGAGGAGGCCAAGGAGAGAGGCCAGAGGCUGGGCCAGCUGCUGGGCUGCACCGAUAGCGAUGACACGGCCCUGGUGGGCUGCCUGCAGGGGAAGGAAGCAGGGGAGUUCCCCAAACAUGAGUUCUCCGUCUUGCACCACAGGGAGCUGCUGGGAAUGCCCUUUCUUCCAACAACAGAUGGGGAUUUCCUGCCUGAUUCACCAUCAAGACUCCUGCAGGCUAAGCAGAGCCAGCCUAUACCCAUCGCAACUGGUUUCACUGCCAACGAAGGCUCCUACCUACUACUCUUUGCUGCCCCCACCUUACAGCUGCAGAACGCCAGCAACAUCGGUAUGGAGGAGCUGCUGCAGGUGUUGAAGCUCAUGGGGCCAGGGGCACCAGAAGAGGCCGUCCAGGCUGUGGCUCGGUGGUAUAGCCAGGUGGGGGAGAAGCAGGGCGAGGCACAGUAUCGAUGGGCCAUGGAACAAAUUGUUGGUGACUACAUCAUUGUGUGCCCAGUAGCCGAGGUGGCUAG